UUGAUUGGGAGACUAUUACCAAAAAUAUGGAUGCAAAAGAAGCCGAGGCAAUGCUGAGGGGUCAAGUAGCCAUAUGGCAUCACAUGUUUGGAUUUGCGGAUUCCAUGGCUCUCAAAUGCGCUGUGGAGCUCGGCAUAGCAGACAUCAUACACUCCCAUGGCCGAGCAAUCACAUUACACGAAAUCGCCGCUUCCAUUGACGGAUCCUCGUCCCCAGAUGUUCCCUCCCUUGCACGCAUCAUGAGGCUGCUAGUUCGAAGGGACAUCUUCGCCGCCCAUCAGCCAUCAGAAGGCGGAGACACGCUCUACGGGUUGACAUACUCGUCUAGGUGGCUGGUGAUGAAGUCGGAGUUGAACCUUUCUCCGUUGGUCAGCAUGGAGAACCACCCGCUCCAGUUGGCUCCAUGGCAUUACCUCAGUGAAUGCAUUAAAGACGGUGCUGCAUGCUCAAUAAUUUCCACUGAAAGGGGCUUGUUUUAUGUAUAUGUGGAAUUGUUUCGAUUAACUCGCAUAAGAUAUAUAUUUAUUACACUAACAGGAGGGUCGACACCGUUUAAGAAGGUGCACGGGUUGGAAAUCUGGGAGAUGGCGUCGAAGAACCCUAUGUUCAACAAGUUGUUCAAUGAUGCGAUGGCGUGUACCACCCAGAUCAUUAUGCAGGCGGUCAUGGUGGCUUACAAGGACGGUUUCAGAUUCAUUGGAUCGCUCGUGGAUGUUGGUGGUGGGACCGGCAGGGUGAUAACCGAGAUUGUGAAGGCCAACCCCCACAUUCGAGGGAUCAACUUCGACCUGCCGCAUGUUGUGGCCACUGCACCAGCAUACCCGGGCGUCGAGCACGUCAGUGGCAGCAUGUUUGAGUCCAUUCCCGAUGCAGAUGCAGUAUUCUUGAAGCACGUGUUGCACGACUGAGACGAAGAGUGAGUGAAGAUCCUGAAGAACUGCAAGAAGGCGAUACCCGAAAAACGAGGGAAGCUGAUCAUAGUGGACGUGGUUCUACAGCCGGAAGGAGAUGGGCUAUUCGAUGAUGUAGCCAUCAUAUUCGACGUGCUGAUGUUAGCGCACCAAUCGAGAGGGUCGAAGGAGAGGACUGAGCUCGAGUGGAAGAACCUCUUGGCCGAAGGGGGCUUCCCUCGGUACAACAUCAUCAAGAUCUCUGCCCUUCCUUCCAUAAUUGAAGCCUACCCUAAUUAAUUAAUUUCCUCUGAUAUCUUGUUGGUUUUUCACAUUUUAUUAUUAUAAGUUCUUUAAAAUAAUAAGGUUGCUAUGAAAGAAGGUGUAGCGUAGCAGGACACAUCCUCACUUGACAACCAAGAGGUUGUAGUUUUGACACUCAGUGAAACUAUUUA